AUGCCCACUAUAAUCAACAACUACUACUAUGUUCAACCCAACCAAGUAGGGAUACCUCCGACAUCUUCAGGUCCUAAUUUUCCAGUAGUGUCGUCACAAUCGAAUCCAAUAAAGGAAUCGCCAAAUAACCAAAGUCGUAGACAGUAUCCCCAACAAUAUAAAGGUUCUAGAUAUUAUGAACAUGAUAAUAGACAUGUAGAUUCAUUAUCUUCAUGUUCUGAACCACAUUCAAUACAUUCCUCUGAAAGUACCAGGAUAGGAUCAUAUGAUGAUAGUAGGGAUUGUCGUCAUCAGCAUCACCAUCAUCAGAACUAUAGUCAAUCUCAAAAUCUACCUGCCAAAGGCUCUUCUAUACAUAGCAAACACUCACCUACUAAAUAUACACAUUCUGGGGUUUCUUCGCCGAAGACAAGUCAGUCUAACGAGCGUAGGCUUAAUGAUGAAGACACAUAUAAUAUGUUUAUCACGAAAUCGUCUAGUCAGCUGAAAAAUCCAGUUGCAUAUUCCACUUCACGAAAGGAGAAUAUUGAUUCAGUUUACAACUCUGAUCGUGAUAUAUAUUCUUCUACCUCUGUGAUGGAAACUCCAAGGUUGAAAGGUUCGGACUUGGAUAUGAAGGCUAAAAUUCCAGACAUUGAGCCCGAUGGAAUCUUGGAUAAUUUUGAAAAACUCUCUUUGAAGAAUAACUUUAACUUAAUCUUCGAGUUAAUGAAAUUUAGUGAUGAAGAUAUUAAUGUCCAUAAUAAUCAAUUUUACUCUGUUUUUAAAUCUUGUUGCGAUGAGGGGAGAUUAAUGAGUUUAGAGACCUUAGGUAGCAUACUCUAUGACCCUUACGACCUAAAAAGUAGAUUUUCAUUCAAGUCCUUGAAACUAAUAACGCAAACAUUUGUAUCUAAAACUUCCCAGGAAUUGGAUUUUAGAGGCUUUGUUAAAAUGUGUAAAUUUGUGAAAGGUUGUUAUGUCUCAUUCAAUUAUCACGACAAACGAGGAACCGGCCAUGUAUUAGAUUUUGAGGAGUUUCAAUUGGCACUUUUAUCUAAUGGGAUUGAAAUAUCGGACCGUUUAUUGGCAAAAAUCUUUGAGAACACAGAAUAUGUUGAUUUUGAACACUACAUCGCUGCGAUUAUUUUAAUCAGAACAAGUGAAAAGAAAAGCUGA